GCUGUUGUUGCGGGGGGGGGGAAAGCGGGGGGAAAAGCAAGGAAAAAACCCGGAACGACGGCUGGUUCCGAGGGGGGCCUGGAAGGAGAUCCUGGCUGCAGAAAAAAUGAUGACUUAGUCCGAAUGAGGAGGCGCAAGAAGAAGAUGGGCCACUGUGACACACUCCUUCAAAAAAGCAACCCAAAGUCAGGUUUGUCUUGUUGCUGUUCAGGAAGGAAUUCUAGUACAGAAGCUAAGGUAGCCAGCUUUUGCGCAGCCGCCAUCCGUUCUACAAAGUUGCUGCUAUCCCCCUAGCCAGGAUAAGAGGGUUUUGGCAUCGGUGAUGAGAAAUGGGGUAUGAUGUAGCACGUUUUCAAGGGGAUGUUGAUGAAGACCUUAUAUGUCCGAUCUGCAGCGGGGUCUUGGAGGAGCCAGUGCAGGCUCCUCAUUGUGAGCACGCCUUCUGCAAUGCCUGCAUCACACAGUGGUUCUCUCAACAACAAACUUGCCCCGUGGACCGAAGUGUCGUGACUGUGGCCCACUUGCGCCCUGUUCCCCGGAUCAUGCGUAAUAUGCUAUCUAAGCUGCAAAUCACAUGCGACAACGCUGUUUUUGGAUGUACUGCUGUAGUGCGACUUGACAACCUGAUGUCUCACCUCAAUGACUGUGAACACAAUCCAAAACGGCCUGUGACUUGUGAACAGGGAUGCGGCUUGGAAAUGCCCAAAGACGAGUUGCCGAAUCAUAACUGCAUCAAACACUUGCGGUCGGUGGUACAGCAGCAACAGACAAGGAUAGCUGAGUUGGAAAAGACUUCAGCAGAACAUAAGCACCAGCUUGCAGAGCAGAAACGUGACAUUCAGUUGUUGAAAGCAUAUAUGCGAGCAAUACGUAGUGUCAAUCCCAAUCUGCAGAAUUUGGAGGAGACUAUUGAGUAUAACGAAAUUCUAGAGUGGGUGAACUCCUUGCAGCCAGCCCGGGUGACACGGUGGGGUGGUAUGAUCUCAACACCAGAUGCCGUACUUCAAGCUGUAAUCAAACGUUCAUUGGUGGAGAGUGGCUGCCCUGCAUCCAUCAUCAAUGAGUUGAUUGAAAAUGCUCAUGAACGUAACUGGCCACAGGGCUUGGCCACACUAGAAACCCGACAGAUGAACCGGCGCUAUUACGAAAACUAUGUAGCCAAACGCAUUCCAGGCAAGCAAGCUGUGGUGGUGAUGGCCUGUGAGAAUCAGCACAUGGGUGAGGAGAUGGUGCUAGAGCCAGGCCUUGUUAUGAUAUUUGCACAUGGAGUGGAGGAAAUCUAAAGACUUAACAGAGAUGAUAAAACAAUGUGCUUGAAAUAAAAAUAUGCCGUGUCCAAGCUGACUGAUCUUGCCCCCUUGUGCCAUGUCAGGGCAUUAUUUAUCUCUGUUGAUUAAACCACCACUUCCUAAUUAUACUGGGCAGGUGCCCAGCAACUUAUGCAAGAUGCUGUGCUGCAUUCCCCCACCCCACCCCUUUGUGAUAAUUUACACUCGGUCUGAUGUUGACGCAGGUUUCCAAAUGUCUACAUAAAAGCACAAGAAAUUUGUCUGUGCUCCAGAGAGAGCAGUGGGCUUCUAUCAUAAACGUCUUCAGAGAAGUCUUUGAUCUCCUGACAUGCUUGCAUUGGCCCAGAUGGCUUGGUUCCUCUUGUUGUUUAAAGCAUCUCUGUGCAGGGCACACACUUUUCCAUCAUGGCCCAUAAUAUCUGACUUUCACACAGUACCUUUAAGGCAUGUUUGCAGCCUUUAUUGGGGGAGGGAUGGACAAGGAAGAGUGCAAACACGAGAAGGCAGAUGCCAAACUAGAGAUGCAAGUAAUGCCAAAUAAAAUAUACAUACCAGUAGUGAUGUUUUUGGCUUAAAAAAAGUUGUGGAGCCAAAAGACUGACAGCAGGACAAUCUCUACAACUCAUCUGGGAUGCGUGGCCUUCUGUUGCACAGGAGACAACUCUUCCUUUUCAGAUAGGGCCUGGUUUUCAACAGAAGGUACCAUUUGUAGCAAUGUGCUGUUGCUGCUGCUGGUGCAGAAUGAAAUGCAAUUCUUCUCACAGAGCCUGGAUGUCAUCUUCCUCCUUGUGCUGUCAAAGUGCCGCUGAUGAUAUCGAGUUCUUUGCUGACUUCAGUGCUUUUUCAUAGGGUGCAAGCCUUCAAGCAGACAAUCUGAUUAGAACCAGGCUCCUCUGAAUUGUGUGUGCCAUUUAAGGUUUUCUCAACUUCAUGACCUUGGAAAGGAAACAGAAAAAAGGAAGUUAACCUGGAUGAAACUGUUCUGUCAUUGUCUGUUGGCUGUUUUGAUAAAUCUGUGUGUAAUUUUUUUUACAUCUUGAUGAUUGUGUUCAGUAUUUUUGUAUUAUUUUUGCCUUUAUGUUUCCCUUAUUUUAUUUUUAAAAUACAGUGGCCAGAAAUGUCUUCAGGUCCUAGUUUACCCGUUAAAUUUAAUUUAUUUGAAAACUUUCUUUUUUGUGUUGCUUUAAAUAUUUCUUCCUUGCUUUAAGCAUUUGUGCUGGAGUUGGUGACGCACGUAAUAAAGGAGCAGCUGGACUUGCCCUGUGUCAAAACAUUGCAAGUACCAUCCCUUCUGAACAGCUUUCAUUUUGUUAUACUCCCUGAAUAUCCUCAGCUGAGCAGAAACUUUCCUUUUCAUGUUCUGUCGCUGCCUGAAAUGGUUGCUGUUACUACUUCACAUCAGGGAUUUGCAACUGCCUCCAGUGUAGAGUUUGGACCGCUUUGCAAGCAGUUAUGCCUGGGACAGAGAGAACUCCUGGAAACUAUCAGCAGAAAUGAUGGCUGCAUGAGGAAUGUUUCCUCUGCUGCCACACUGCAGAUGGGUGCAAUGGAAUACAUAAUCUAAGAGAAGUGUUUUUCCAGUACUGUAUUAUAGUAAGUGGCCUGGUUUUACAUGGUGAUCCUAUGGUAGAGAAUCAAUGUUUAUUGGGAAUGUGGUUUGCUCAGCAAUUGGUAGCCUACAACCUUUUGUUGAAAGUAUGGAGCGGAGUAAGAGAACGUUCUAGGAAGAUAUGGUUCUUAAACUUCAGUCAUUCAAAAAUAAUCCCUGUCCCUCUUGUGGAACUUCCAUCAUUCCUAUGAAUAAAGUGCAUGAAUAAUGCAGCUUAGCUUUGCUUAUGAUCUUGAAUAUUCACCAAGCAGAUGCUGUUUCAGGUUUCAUUCUGUGGGAAAUGCAUAUGCUUUGGAAAUUCUUAAGUCUGCAGCACUCAUUCAGUUUGGUGGCCUUUGCUUUUUCACAAACGUGUUUUGUUAGUUUUCAGUAUUGUUUUUCAGCUCUGCUCUGUCCUGCUCAGUUUUUCUCCUAAUCCAGUUUUACCCUUGCUGGCACAUUGCUUAUGUUCUACCCCCAUGUAGAACCUUACUUUAAAAACUGAGUCUGCCCGAUACAGUUUCCUAUGGUGUUUCAACUUUCACAUCUCUAACUGUAAGUAAGUAACUUUACAGUUUAUUUAUUAGUACUUCUGUUUUAUAAGCCAUGAUUUAAACACUCCUGGAAUGUGUUUCAAAAGUCAAAUCAGUUUUAGGGAUGGAAUGGGUUGUGCUAGUUAUUCAUGUCAGUGAUGACAUGUUUUGAAAGGGGAUCUGUUGGUUGGAAGUAACUUCUAACUCUGUCCCUGUUGCUCAGGAAUUUGAAAAAGCUGCUAAAUCCAACCUAAUAACUAUCUCAAGCUAAAUUGACUUCACUUUUUUUCUCCUAACACACCUUGUUUACUUCCCCUUGACAUCCUGCUGUCAUGCUUCCUGAAAUCUACCAUAGAAUUUGUCUUGUCUCCUACCAGUACGCAAGUUGCUGAUUGCAUUUUGUGUUUUGCUGUUCAAUUGUGUUGACUGCACUAAUAAAUUGCCUUUUUCCUGACACCUUUA